AUACACUGCCUUGGUUGACCGCUUGGGUGCGUACUUGAACUCCUUGGACGGUGUCGGCCUCAUGAACACGCUCUGGGCAUUGGUACGGCUGAAUGCAGCGGCACCCAAGUGGAUAUCAGAGCUGCUGGAUCGAUGCAUUAGCAGUGUAGACCAACUGGAGCCCAAGCAACUUGGUCAAGGACUGUACUGCGUGUAUAGGAUGUCGAAGCACGCUGCUCCUACUGAGGCGGUGAAGGCCCUCCAGUCAGCUCUUCAUGUUGAUCAGCUCACAGCAGCGUUAGGCACGUCGUUGGCGAAGUUGGGCAUUCGUGAUGAGACUGUCUUCUCGGCACUGGGCUCGCGAUUAUCGGACAAGAUGGAUGAUUUUGAUAUGGAGGAUAUUGCCGCGGUAUCCUGGGCGUUUGCUAGGGCUAAGUUUACUGAUAGAGAGCUGUUCCGGAAAAUAAGGGAGUCUCUCACGGUGAGAACUACUGAGUGCUCUGUGAAGUCUUUGGUGUCGUUGACGUGGAGCUUGUCGAAGCUUGGGGAAACUGGUGGCGAGGAGGACCUGUUCCGAUAUACCCUAGCACCAACAAUUCGAUCGUACAUGCUGGAGUACACCGUACAGGACCUAUGUGCUCUGGCGUGGAGCUUUGCUAAUGCGAAUGUCCAUGAUGUGGACUUUAUGAGCGACAUUGCGCACGCCCUGAUGCCCAAGACUAGGGACAUGAACUGCCAGGACGUCUGCUCGGCUGUGGUGGCCUUGGCAUCUCUGCAUUACUCUCAUAAGGAGCUGUUCGAGGCUCUGAAGCAACAGUCUUUCCGGCUUAUGCAUACCUUUACUCCGCUACAGCUGAGUCGGACCUUAUAUGGCUUUGGAGUGGCCGGGGUGAGGGAUAAGAAGCUGUUCUAUGAGAUGACGCUUACUAGUAUAGACAAGCUUCAUCUGAUGUACGCAAAGAACGUGUGCGAUAUACUAUCAGCAUUGAUGGAGGCUGAGUACCUCAUUCCCGAGCUGACGCGGCCGUUGCUGGACCAUCUCAGUCGACAGCUUGAUCGACUAGGCCGACAGAAUGUGUUGAGCAAUGACAGGCUGCUGGAGAACACUCUGAUGGUGCUGUCCCCGGCUAGCAAGGCUCCCAGUUGGUGUUGUGCGGACCUGCCUCAACGAAGUCGUGAUGCUGUGAAGGUGGGCUCAAUGUGGAUGCUGCUCCUCGAGGACUUGCAGGUGUCUGUCUGCCCACAGGUCCUCUUGCAUAAGCAUGUUGGCCUGCAGAAUGCCUUCAACCGCCUAUUUGAGGAGCUCUGCGCGUCGACCCUCUCCAGGCUGGAUCAGGAGACUGUAGCUGACGUUGUAUAUGCGUGUGCGAGGAUAGGCUAUGAUGACGGCAUGUUUGUCCAGCGAUUGAUCGAGCACGUGGACCAGCAUUUGGCGAGCAGUGGGGGCUUCCAUUCAUUCCAGAGUAUGGCUCGGUUGGUAUAUGCUCUCUGUGAGCUCAACACAAGGCUUGAUAUGGCGAGAGUACUGUGUCGUGAGGCCAUCGAUGGUCAGAUGUGGGAGGGCGGCAGUGGGGAUGAUGUACUCCUGUUGGCGUGGGCUGCUGUGGUAGGCUUGUUCAUGAAGGUCAUUCUCAAUGCUGAGUCUCAGUUCCUAUCGCUACCACCACCGGUUGACCUCAUAACGGAGAUGUGUGUGCUGUUCGAGGAAAGGCUGCCGACCCAGCUCCUCUUGGCUCAACAGUCGUCGUCGACGGAUGGUGAUCAUCCAGGAAGGUCCACUCGGUGGAUAUCCCGAGUCCUGUCCGAUACAUGGGCAUCACUGCGAAACCACAAGGCCCUUAUCGACUGCUGCAAGGAGCUCAAGUCACCGGGGGGAGAUACCUCAGCUGGGGAGGAACAUCAGGGCGGCGGCGGCAGCCUGACAGCGUACGAGUCGGACAUGCUCAACACAGGCUCUCCUAUGACACUAGGGCUCAUAGCAGCUUUAACGUAUCCUAUCACCUGGCGUAGUGUUAGCCGGAUGCACCUCUUCCGUAACCGCCCAGUUAUACCACAGUUUCUUGCUAUAGUAUGGAGACCUAUUCAGCCUCAUGGUAUAAUGAGCAUCGAUUCCUUACAGGUGCAUAAUGAGGGAGAACGGUCAAGUCGAGCACGAGAUGUCAUCGACUUCUACCGAGAGAAGGCACCAGUAGACUACGAGACCUUGCGACAACAGAGUAUGUAA